AUGGCUGAAUCAGAUUUGGAGUUAGUUUCAGGGAGAAAGCAUAUUCAAAUACUAGAAAACUUGGUUAUAAUAUAUGAGCAAGAGGUGCAAAAAUUGGAAUCUAAAAUGCUUGAUUCACAGGAUAACUUUUCUUUGGAGAAAGAUGAGUUGCAUUUUGCUAUUGCAAGUUUGUUGAAAACGAAAAUAGAACUGACCUCUACAUUGGCCAAUUGUGUGUUUAGAAACAAAGAAUUGGAAAACAAGUUAAGGCAAUAUGAAGCUGAAAAGUUGAAGCAAGAAGAGCUACAUGCUACUCAACAAGUAGUUUUGCAAGAUGAAAACAAUUAUUUGUGGGAAGAACUUGGCAAGAGAACAGAAGAUAUAGAAGCUGUGACUAAGGAGCUGUAUAUGGUAAUGAUUGAAAGAGAUGAAGCCAAUGUCAAGAUUGAUAGGCUUGAGGCUGAGAUAUGCACCCUCAUAUGUGAAAUAUGA